AAAUAGCUUCAUCCAAAGCUAAUCACGGCAGUGAGAUGGCGCGCACAAAGCAAACCGCACGAAAAUCGACAGGCGGUAAAGCACCGCGCAAGCAGCUCGCCACAAAGGCGGCUAGGAAGAGCGCCCCCGCCACAGGAGGCGUGAAGAAACCGCACAGAUACCGCCCAGGAACCGUCGCGUUACGAGAAAUCCGCCGAUACCAGAAGAGUACAGAGUUAUUGAUAAGGAAACUCCCUUUCCAACGACUGGUGCGAGAAAUCGCUCAGGAUUUCAAGACGGAUUUGCGUUUCCAGAGUUCAGCAGUCAUGGCUUUACAAGAGGCGAGUGAAGCGUAUUUAGUCGGCCUGUUUGAGGAUACGAACUUAUGCGCUAUACACGCAAAACGAGUGACUAUUAUGCCUAAAGAUAUCCAGUUGGCGCGCCGUGUUAGAGGAGAAAGAGCUUAGGAUAAAAGUUCUUUUUGAGAUUCGAAAGAGCAAUCAAGAGUCUAGAACAAUGACGGAUUAUUUUUUUUUUGUUAAUGAAUGAAGAGAUCUAUGCAUGACAAAGCUCUUUUCAGAGCUGCA